CGUAGCCGUAGGUUCCGCUUUAAAAACACUGUAAGAUCCGCAACCCUAAAUCCUGCUAGGGUUUGCUCAGUCAGUCUCGCCGAAACCAAUCUAUUGCUGGUUGCGCUGCUUGCUUCUUACAUUUUUCCCUCUCUUCGUCGCGCUUCGCAGACCUAGUUUGAGAAGGAAGCAUGUCUCAUCGUAAGUUUGAACACCCAAGACAUGGCUCUUUGGGAUUUCUUCCAAGGAAAAGAGCAGCCCGCCACAGAGGAAAAGUGAAGGCCUUCCCCAAAGACGAUCCAACGAAAACUCCCAGAUUGACUGCUUUCCUGGGAUACAAAGCUGGAAUGACCCAUAUUGUGAGAGAUGUUGAAAAACCCGGAUCAAAGUUACACAAGAAAGAAACAUGUGAAGCAGUUACAGUUAUUGAAACACCACCAAUGGUGGUGGUUGGUGUUGUUGGUUAUGUGAAGACACCCCGUGGUCUCCGUUCAUUGGACACAGUUUGGGCCCAGCAUUUGAGUGAGGAGGUGAAGAGGAGAUUCUACAAGAACUGGUGCAAGUCAAAAAAGAAAGCAUUCACCAAGUACUCAAAAAGGUAUGAGAGCGAAGAUGGGAAAAAGGACAUCCAGGCUCAGUUGGAGAAAAUGAAGAAAUACUGCUCUGUUAUUCGUGUUUUAGCCCACACUCAGAUUAGGAAAAUGAAGGGGUUGAAGCAGAAGAAAGCCCAUCUGAUGGAGAUUCAAGUUAAUGGUGGGGAAGUUGCAAAGAAGGUUGACUACGCUUAUAGCUUGUUUGAGAAGCAGGUUCCUGUUGAUGCUGUUUUCCAGAAAGAUGAGAUGAUUGACAUUAUUGGGGUUACCAAGGGGAAGGGUUAUGAGGGUGUGGUGACUCGAUGGGGUGUCACCCGUCUUCCACGUAAGACCCAUCGUGGUCUACGUAAAGUAGCCUGUAUUGGUGCCUGGCAUCCAGCUAGGGUGUCAUUUACUGUUGCCAGGGCUGGGCAGAAUGGUUACCACCAUCGUACUGAGAUGAACAAGAAGAUUUACAAGCUUGGGAAGGCUGACCAAGAGUCGCACACUGCAAUGACUGAGUUCGACAGGACUGAGAAGGAUAUUACCCCAAUGGGAGGUUUCCCGCACUAUGGUGAAGUGAAACAGGAUUACCUUCUAAUGAAAGGCUGCUGCGUGGGUCCUAAAAAGCGCGUUGUUACCCUGAGGCAGACGCUUCUGAAGCAGACAUCUAGGGUUGCGUUGGAGGACAUUAAGCUCAAGUUCAUCGAUACAUCGUCAAAAUUUGGCCAUGGCCGCUUCCAGACUACCCAAGAGAAGGCUAGGUACUACGGCCGGCUCAAGGCUUAAUCUGACAAUAUUGAUCGAUUCCAAUUUUCAUGGAGCCUUUAUAAGUUAAGACAUCUUUUGCUUCUGGUUUGGAUUCGAAGUUUUGAUUGCUUCCAGUUUUGCGACAGAAUAUAUGUUUGGGAUUCUAAACUAUGAGAAACAAAUUUGCUGCUGUUGUUGCUUUCGCUCAACAGACAUGUUUCAUUCUAUUUUUGUUGGAGUUGAUUCUAUAUGGAGAGUAAUUUGUUUGGCAGGGGCAUAAUGUUGUAACAGCAUCCGGUGCAUAUAAUGCAAGGAUACGUGGAAAAAAAAAUGUCCUUAUACUCUAUUGGGACGGGAUGUCUUGUGGGGUAUACCUGUGCUAUGCUUAUCAUCUUAGGACAAGGAUGGUCUGCCGUUCCACUUCCGGUGCUCUUCUGUUUUGUGUGGUCAGACAAUCCUUGUCCAUCAUCUUAAAGUAUCUUAAAGUGAUGGUGAUGUUCGUUAUCGAAUUUAAGACAGUUGGAUGAGUUUAAGUUUCGAGAUCUGUAGUGGUUAGAUACAAAUUUUUAACUCUAAACUUAUUCAAUGAUAAUACGUAGUGUGGUAAGCAUUACUAAGGAUGGUGUGUAUUAUUACCAUUGAAUGCA